AUGAACUUCUCAUCACUAUUAGGAAACAAUACGAAACAAAAUUUGAGUUCCGAAAUAAUUUCAAAAACGAACGAGGUGCUAGAAGCAUAUAAAAUUGCCAGAGAUGUAUAUAAACAAGCUGGGAAAGCACUUCGCAAUGCAGCAACAAAAGUCGAUGAACUUAGUCAACUUCUUCCCGAUGACAUGUGCAUUCAAUUACCCAAAGAAUUACUAUACGGACUACCGUCUUCAAAAAAGCUGUCAGCUCAAACUCCAUCUUUUCACAAAACUAAUACCGCUUUUUCGCUGCCAUUCGUAAGGAAACGAGGGAAAAAAUCACGUCGCCACCGUCGUCGUCAACUAACGAAAAAUAUGCGAACUUCAAUAAUUGAGUCGGAAGCUGACGAGUUUGAUGAUAUUAUGUCUGAUUAUCACAAAGACUCUUCAAGCAAUGAAAUGGAACUAUCCGAUUUAGAAUAUAUCGAUGGUAGCGAGGAGGAAAAAAGCGAGUCGUCAAUAUCGCAAACUUUGACAAUUGAUAGAGAUAUUCUACCAAUGAUUGCAUCAGAAAUCGAUUCGAAGACAGAUGAAUCUAAGAAACGUACACUUGAACCACCAACUAGCAAUUUUACUACACCGAAUUUGAGAUUAGAUAUUUCUUAUGGUUUAACUUCGUCGAGACCAAAAUCAUCCGAAUUACCGAAAUGUGAUUAUUAUAUGAUAGAUAUCGAUAUGACAAAUAAACCGGAUAAACUUCAGUCAAACGAUUCACAGUUAUCACCACCAAUUUCGGAAAAUUCAUCCCAAAUGUUACCGAAAAUGAAAGAUCGGAAAAAUGCAUUAUAUGUGAAUGAACUCAAUGUUGUGAAAAAAAGAUCCGGGUCAGCAACUAAUAAAUUCAAUGCUCUAACAAAACCACGUCAAGGCGCUUCAAAUAAAGUGAAACGUCGAUAUGAUCCUUAUCCGAGUUCACGAAAACAAUCUUUUGAAAAUGUAAAAUCAACAUCAGCCAAUAUUGGUAAUUUUCCCUCGUAUCCACAUAAUAUAUUUAACGAAUCACCAUCACAUCUCGACUCACCAGAAAAUUCGCAAGCCACAAGUCCAACAGCAACUCCAAUAACCACACCAACAACCACACCAAUAACCACACCAAUAACCACACCAACAACCACUACGACAACAACUGGUCCGCAUGCGACGCUACAUAGCUUUUUUUUAAAUGGAUUGCCACAUCAAAGUGCAGACGCAUCAAAUUGGUUCCAAGAGGUUACGAAACACACAUACACACCUCAACCCUUGUCAGACGAAGAUAAUGCAUUAAUUGACGAAUUUAUAAGAUAUGCGGGACCUCGUCUAAAGAAUCCAAGAUGCACCCAGUCGGAAAUCGCACGAGAAAUUAUUUUAUUAUCAAAUAACACGUGCAAAAUGUCACAAGGUUCUGUUUCAACUAUGAUGCGACGUAUUUCGGUUCCAAAGCCAGCAACAACCAGAAGAGCAAUUCAGAAUUGGAUUGAUAACGAAAAAACAAAAAAAGAACAAGAAAAACUGAAUUUGAUGUGGAAAACCACAAAUAAUAACUGGAAAUAA